CCAAGUUAUAGAGAGGAAACUUCAAGUAACUUGUAAACACAUUUUAGCAGCUAGAAUAGCUAGUAUACUGGGUAAAACCAUCCCACAUGAGGUAACUGCGGACCAGUAUUUGAUGCUGUUGAAGUCAUCAUUUGAGUUGGACGAGCAAGAUGGAUGAUGAUAUGAGCCAGUAUUAUUUUACGGCAUCUAUGGACUCCGGCAAGACACUUUGCAGCUUGCUGAAAGCUAUUCAGUUUCAAGAGUCUGCAGUAUUUUGUGCCCUUGCGGAAGGACUAAAGUUAACUGUAGAGGAAGGGAAGUGCGUGCAGGCCUCCGCUUAUGUCCCGGCUGACAACUUCACGGAGUACCAUGUUCGGAGUGAUGUUGAUGUCAUGUUUAAAAUAAGUAUAGCAGUGCUAGCAGAGUGUCUCAAUAUUUUUGGGUCAGGAGAGGAAUCUAGUCUCAAAAUGUAUUACAGAGGGGAAGGAUCUCCUCUUCUUCUUGUUUUACAGCCACAAUCCCUAACAAAUGUAAUGACGGACUGUGAGAUAUCAACCCAGACCGCUGAUUCAGUGCUAGAGCUCCGAGACGAAGAUUCAUCAGAAGUGGCCAAGUUGGUGUUGAAGGCGCCUGCGUUUCUGGGCCUGCUGGCUGACUUGGAGCGCUCCUGUGACAUAAUGGAGUUGCAACUGUCACCGGAGCAUCCGAAUGUCAGCAUUGUGACAUAUGGAAUGCAGGACAGGUCCUGUAUCGACAUGCCCAAGUCAUCCGAGAUGGUGCAGAGCUUCAGUUGCGAAGAAACUGUCACGCUCAAAUACCAGCUGCACCACAUCAGACUCAUCAUGAAGGCCCUCGCCAUCUCUUCUAAGGUGGUGGUGAGGUUCAGUUCCAACGGUCUCCUGUUGCUUCAGUUAAAGCUGGAGAAAGAAGACCAGCGACAGAUGUUCUCAGAGUUCUAUAUAGUGCCCUUACUGGACGACUGAA